AUGUCCUACUUUCGCAGUGUCAGCGCGACCAACCUGGCGAUUGGCGGACUCAUUGGAGUUCUGUCAUUCUCAUCGAUUGCACUCAAUAUAUCCGUCAUGAUCACGCUGAAGACCAAAGGGUUUCUCUCGACAAAGAAGUCCACUGCCUAUUCCAUAUCUUUUGCUUACAUAUUCGCCGACAUCCUGGAGCAAGCAGUCAUUCUCUUCUAUGCCGCGCCAAGUAUUAUUACACAGGUGAGAAAUAUGGGGUUAUGUUUAAUGUUGUACUACAUGGUUUAUUCAUAAUACACUACGUUUUUUGCAAUGAGUAGUCAAAAUCCUAAAACAUUCUACUGCUAUAGAAGAUCAAAAGCAAAUCUUGAUAUUAUACGGCGGCUUUAAAUUAUCAGUCUGUCGUGAAAAUAAUGAGCGCAAUAUUGCUGUGCCAAUCGCAUCUCGGAAGUGAAAAGCGGUUUAAUUUUGCCAAGACGCAAUUUUUUCUCAGUGGCAAUGCGAUUUCCAAUGCGACAGAGUGCUCACUAUUUUCCCGACGGAUUGAAAACGUAUAUAUUAUACUAUAUAUUAUAUCUUUUAGAGCUACUUGGUGCCAAGCCGCGAUCACCCCGUUGUAACAGCUGCCGGAAUAUGGUUUAUGGUUUUCUGGUAUAUGGCAAUGUUCUAUCAAAUCGUAAUUUCCAUCGAUCGCGUCAACAGCAUCGUCUUUCAACGCUCCUGGAUCCGCGAAUACUAUCGGCUGAUCAUUUCUUUGGUGUGGAUUUUUUCUCUCGGCACUGCCUACAUUGGGUUUUUUGUGUCGCCUUGUUGUCAGUAAGUCUGCUUUAGGCUUUUUACAAUUCUGUCGAAAUAUAACUUUUGCAGUGUCGCAUCGAAAAUCGCAUCAAAAUUAAUUGUGUCGUGACAAAAUCAAUUUCUUUUCACUUCAGCGACGCGAUCGAAGCAGCGCUUAUUAUUUUCCCGACAGACUGACAACUUUUGAUUACCAUACUGUUUAGCAGUAUUUUUUAAGAAAAGAAAGCGGCAAUCAGACAAAAUGAACACGAUUUUGUACGAUCAAAACCCCACAAAUCGGGGUAUUUCUACAGAGAAUUCAAAAAAAAAAUUUUUUUAACACUACUCUAUGAUUUUUGAAAACUACGCCGUUGAUUACCCCAAUUUCGAUCUAUCUUGGCCCCGAUUUCUGUGGUAUCUUUCGAAUGUUGACUCUUUGAACUUAUUCUGUUGACUCUUUGAACUUAUUUUUCUUCUUGUUACAUUCCCUGAAACCUCUUUGCAACCUUAAGCGUUUAACAAAUGCCGUUUUUAGUUUUGUCGUUUCAUACGUCAACUACGCGUUCACUUAUUUGGAAGGAGAGAACUACACCGACUCGUACUUGGAUAUUCCGUUCAAUCUUGUGACCACGGUCACCAUUUUCGUGUGUUACACUUGGGUAAGGCAUUAACACACAGUCUGUUAAACUUUUCCUCUUAUGGCAUUUUGUAAUAGUCAACCACAUGUACUACGGUGUUUAGAUUUUUUUGCAUGUUCGCCGAAGCAACCGUAUCAACAAUGUGCCAAGGAACAAGCUGGCCGAACGCCGACAGCAGGAGUUCUUGUUGGCCCGGCAAUUCUUUAUAAUGGCCAUGCUGUUUACUUGUGAGUGAAGGCAGAAUAUUAGAGUGUCAAUCUGUCGGAAAAAUAAUGACCGAAAUGUUGUUGCGCCGCUGAAAUAAAAAAAAUUUGAUUUUGUCGCAACACAAUUCAUUUUCUCGGCGGCGAUGCGAUUUACGAUGCGGCAGACUGCUCAUUAUUUUCCCGACAGACUGAUAUUACAUAUUUGGUUUUUAUGGCAGACAUUCGGACCACGAGCAUGCAUGAUUACUGUAUUUUCAGCGGUCUGGGUGUCAUUCCGCAUACUCCCACGUAUCUUCCCGCCAAACUCACCCUUGUUGGCGUUGGUUCCGAUCACCUUGUCCUUCCAUUGUAGUUUUAAUUCAAUCGUCUUCUUGUCCAUUAACAGCGAGGUAUGCUAAAUUAUUGAAUUUUUUGUGAUUUGAAUUUUUUCAGUUCCAACAAGCCUAUCGUCAAGUUCUCCGUGGGAAAAUAUCUACGUCAACGAGUAAUCCGCAAAACAGCGCUGUGACUGCUUGA